AUGACUUGCAUAUUCACGGACCUCUGUUUUUCUUUAACGUCCUACCUUAAUGUUGCAGAAUAUGUCGCCGCUGAUAGUCAUCCUGCACCUCUGUCUGUCCCUAACAGGCACAAAGGGCUGGAACCAGGUCUUCUCUCUCACUCAGGUGCAGUUGUAACGGAAGGGAUGUCAGGACGUGACCUCGGGGGACCUGAGCUGGAGUCCACCAACUACUCACUAUUGACCCUCUCCCCCUAUGUGCAGCUUCGAUAUUCUGCAGCCACUGUCGAUCUUCCCAACCGUUGCCCCAUGAGUCCGCCCAAAGCACCUCACUGGAGGCUUGUCACCUCCCAAGCCUAUGUCACUGACGACGUCCUUGAGUAUUCAUAUACUGGAUCCGGUACGAGUGAGGAUCCGUUCAUCGUGGAGUGGAUGCCCGCAGACCCGCGGAAUCCUAUGCAGUUUUCUAACACGCGCAAAUCGGUCAUCACGGUAGUGGUUUCGUUGGCCGCGCUGGCCAUCGCCUUUGCUUCCACCGCGUACAGCGGCGCCAUCCCACAGGUGAUGAAGGACUUUGACUGCUCCUCCGAGGUGGCUGAGCUUGGGCUCUCUCUGUUUGUGCUGGGAUUCGCCAUCGGACCACUGCUAUGGGCGCCCCUGUCAGAGACCUAUGGCCGGCAGACCUUGUUCUUCGUCACGUACGCGGUCUUCACGGCCUUCAACGCGGGUGUUUGCGGGGCACAGAACAUCGAGACGUUGCUCAUUCUUCGAUUCCUGGCCGGUGCAUUUGGAUCAUCGCCGCUGACCAACUCAGGCGGUGUGAUCGCUGACACAUUCCCAGCCUCGCAUCGAUCCCUGGCCAUGUGUGCCUUUGCGUCCACCCCCUUCCUCGGCCCAACGCUCGGCCCUAUUGUUGGAGGGUUCGCUGGCGUCGCGAUUGGGUGGAGAUGGGUAGCAGGCAUUGUCACCAUCUUCUCCGGGGUGCUCUGGAUCGUUGGGACGCUGGUCGUACCGGAGACCUAUGCACCCGUGUUGCUCAAGCGCCGAGCGGAAAAGCUAUCUAAAAGGACAGGCCUGGUCUACGUCAGCAAGCUCGAGCACGACCGGGGCAAGCAGUCGCUCUCGCAGGUCUAUAAGGUAGCACUAUCGCGCCCGUGGGUCUUGCUGAUCCGCGAGCCCAUCGUGCUGUUCCUAAGCAUCUACACGGCCAUCGUGUAUGGCACGCUAUAUCUCACCUUUGCAGCCUUCCCAAUCGUUUACCAGGAGGGCCGGGGCUGGUCCCAGGGUGUCGGGGGACUGGCCUUCAUUGGCGUGGCCGUCGGCAUGGUCCUUGGGAUCCUGCUUACCAUCAUCGACAACAAGAGGUACAACCGUGCAGCAGCAGAAUGCGGCGGCGCAGCGCCACCGGAGGAGCGACUCCCACCUACAAUGCUGGGGGCCACCGUCCUCCCUGUCGGGCUGUUUAUCUUCGCUUGGACGACCUAUAAUCAUAUCCACUGGAUUGUCUCAAUGAUCUUCACCGCAGCUCUAGGCUUCGGGAAUGUGAUGCUCUUUCUCAGCGUCUCCAACUACCUGAUCGACACUUACACCGUCUUCGCCGCCUCCGUACUAUCCGCCAACGCCGUGCUGCGGUCCAUCUUUGGCGCUGUGUUUCCGCUCUUCACCACGUACAUGUACCGCGAUCUUGGUGUUCAUUGGGCAUCGAGCGUGCCUGCCUUCCUGGCGUUGGCAUGCGUGCCCCUGCCGUUUCUGUUUUAUCGGUUUGGGCCUGCCAUUCGGGCGAGAUCCAAGUACUCGGCAGAGGCGGCGCGGAUCAUGGCGCAGUUGAAGCAGGGGUAG